AUGCAGAAGAGUACGUCUUGGAAGGAUUUCAACUUGGUGGGAGAGCUGGUGAUCGGAGUUCCCGAGGAAGGGGAGGUAGCUUCUCCCCUAGGGAGGACGAACUCAGCCGCUCGCUCCCCCUUCGACAUCUCAGGAUUCCGACCCAACUUUCCAGACCCGUCGCUGCAGGUAGCGAGACGCUCGGGCGGGCACCUUCACUUCCAGAGCUUGUACGACAACGCAGGAAAGAACAAGACGUUCUUCGCGAGAUUCUUCGGCGGCCCGAAAGCCACGCAGGCCUGGCUGGUUCACCCUGAAUCUGCCUUUGCCAAGAUAGUAGCCUUGAUAGGCGCCUUGCUGCUCCUGUACACCGCCAUCGUGAUACAGUUCGAAGUUUGCUUUUACUGGAACACUCCGCCUUGUUCCUCUCUACCCACCAUCAAGUUCGACGUGUUCGUCGACAUUUUCUUCGUCUUCCAGCUGCUGAUCUCCUUCUGCUCGGGAACGAUGGUCGACGGCGUGUAUGAGGAGUCCUUGCGGUCGAGCUGGUGGAACUACCUCAAGGGUUCCUUCCUCUUUGAUGCGGUAACGUCCAUCCCGACCUCGCUCAUGGAGUACAUCGUCGUCGCGGGAUGCACGGAAGAAACAGCGAAUAGCAAUCAGCACCUUGGGAAUCUUCAAUUGCUCAGGCUCGUGAAGCCCUUCCGACUCCUCCGACUUUCAAGGCUACUCAAGAUCGGCGCAGCCAGGACCUUCAUGGAGUGGGCUGAAGAGAAGAUCAGGUUGCCAGGAUACGUCUUGCGGACGCUGCAGAUGAUUGUCUACGUUUUCCUGGUGGUCCAUACGACGUCGUGUCUCUUCUGGCUAGUCAAGCAACUGUCGUCGACUGAAGAGCAAGUGUGCGAGUUCUUGACAAGCCGAUCGCUGCCCUGCGAUGGCAGCCCCUUCGGAAGCUACGUCGUGAUGAUAUACUUCACCAACACCAUCUUUGCUACUGUUGGCUUCGGGGAGAUCACGCCGCAGAACACCUACGAGCGCCUGUACACCAUCGGCAGCAUGUUUGUUGGCGUCAUGGUGUUCGGCACGAUGUUGUCGGAGGUGCAGACGAUGCACCUGAAGGCCUCGCAGCUCAAGCGCGAGUGCGAGGACGCGCGGCGAGAGGUCAGGGACUUCCUGAGGGGGGCACACGUCCCACACUCCAUGAGGACGAAGAUCAUCAGCUGGCUGGACUUGGACUACGCAGUCCAGCAGGAGCGGAACAGGCAGCUCGGCAUGAUCAGCCACAUUCCCCGCCAGCUGAGAUCGCCGAUCUACCUCAACAUGUUCAAGGACUACCUUGGCUCGAUCGCUCUCUUCAAGGCGGUAGUUCAUCCCCUGAAGGACCGGCUGCUGGUCCGGAUGUUCGAGGAGUCUCUGGUUGAAACCUUCGACGCGAACGUUCCCAUCGCCACCAUGGAUCAAGUCUGUGACCGCGUCUACAUCAUCCGCAAGGGCUGCGUCCGAGUUCUUCUUCAGAAUGGCAGCACCGUCGCCGUGCUCAACGAGACGGACUGCUUCGGAGAGUCUUGCCUGGUCGGAGACCCUCGAUGGAGAGGAGAGCAUGGCAUGGAGUGUGAGUACGUCUCCACCAGCUCCGUCGUCUGCAUCGUCAUCUUCGCAGACACUUUCUUCGAUGUGCUCAGCGAGUUUCCCAGCGAUCUCUUCGAGGAGUUCUCAGACCUCUCGCGCUCCUGCAAGGCCUUCGUAGAGAAGGAGCAGGCGGACUUGAGCACGUCCACGGUCCGAUGGUUCUACAUGGCCAAGAGGUUGAUGAGCCGACGACGAGCCAACAUGAACGUCUCUCAGUUGCUCCGCUCCGCCAGGAACUCCCUGCUCAUGCAGAGCCUGUCCAGCUCUGGGGUAGCCCCGCGACUCUCAGGUGCCUCCAAGGUUGAGGAGAGGCCGCCCUCCACGGCCACCUCCUCCUCCUCUCAGCAGGAUGCCAACAAGCUCAUCAAGGCUGUGGGCGAGUUCAUCAAGAUCGAGAACUCGAAGCUCAUCACCGCCAUGAACAGAAAGCUGCAGGUCGUAGAGAGCAGGAUCAGCGACUUGACUCAGAGGGCGCCGGCCCUGCUACAAGCUCGGGGCCUUUCGGACUUGAGCUCUGGACAGAUCAGCCCACUUGUCAUCAUGAGCGAAGCCAAUGGGUCGCCGCCGGGAUUUUACUACCAUCAGUGA